GAGUCAAAUCAAGUAAUUCUGCCGCAUCCGAUGUGCUUUAAAAGGCAGCACCAGAGUCCAGUUAUGAGCUCAUUCUGCUCUUUUUCACCAUGUCCACCAAGGUAAUUAUCGUUGGAGGGGGCAUAGCAGGCCCCGUCCUUGCCAUCUUUCUAAAGAUGAAGGGUUACACCCCAGUCAUAUAUGAACGAUCUAUGGCUCCAACUCAAGCUGGUAUCAGUCUAAUGAUGCAGCCCAAUGGUCUCCGUGUUCUCUCCUUGAUCCCAGAAAUAGUCGAGAACAUACCAGGGUGUCCCAUAAAGAGGUUCAUCAGCUUCUCGUCUCUUGAAGAUAACGAAGAAGUACUCGUCGAUAACGAUCUACCUUCAACCGUCAUAGAAAAAGAAUUCGGCUUCCCUAUGAUCGGCGUCAGACGAACUGCAUUCCACAAACUGAUCAUUGAAACUGCCCAGAAACACGGCAUCGAGAUCAAAUGGGGCCAUCAAGCGGUCAAAUUUGAACAAAACGAUAACGAUGUGUCAGUGACGUUCGAGAAUGGAGAAACCACCACUGGAAGCUUCGUCGUCGGAUGUGACGGUCUGCAUAGCAAUACACGCCUUGCCUUGUUCGGACACGAAGAGGUUGAUUUUACAGGUCUAAUACAGAUGGGCGGUGUGUCUCCAACUCCACCUGCAUUACAGAAUAAAUACGCACUAGUCAAUAACUUCGGCAAUGGGAAACAUAUGGUAACUUACCCCGUUUCAGAAAACCAGUACUCUUGGGCAGUGACCGUCCGAGAACCUGAAGCAAAAGAGGACUGGCGGUCAAUGGACUCACAAAAGCAGGAUGAAGUAAAAAAAGGCCCCUUAUCACAGUGGGCUUUCGGUGCAGGGGAGCUCGUGAAAACGGGCGAGAAAAUCGCAAAGUACGGUUUAUAUGAUCGACCAGAGCUGAAAACAUGGCAUAAGGGAAGAAUCGUACUGUUGGGAGAUGCAGCGCACCCAACCAGCCCUCAUCUCGGUCAAGGAGCCAACCAGGCAUUUGAAGACGUUUAUCAUCUUAUGCGGUUUAUCGUCAAAUAUAACCCAGACGCGAGCCAACCAGAUACUGAGUUGUUGACCAAAAUAUUCUCGGAAUACGAAAGCAUUCGUAUUCCUCGUUCUGCAGCUUUAGUUAAAGGUGCUAGGAAACAAGGCGAGGUUCGCGUAGUCGAGGGGAUAGAAGCAUGCAAAGCCCGGAAUGACCGGGUCCUUUCAUCGGUCAGAGCGAAAUCUGAAUUACUUGCAACAUUGGUUCUGCUGUAA